AUGGCAGCACCAGCACGGUCCCUACGGCAUUUGUCGUCUGUGAGAGCAACCAUAUCUCCGGUGUCCUCAAUUUCCCCUCUCUCCCGCCGAACCUACGCCACGACCGAUGAAUCGUCCGCCACCUCUAACACACCAGCGGGAACCACGCGGCGGCGAAGCACAACUUUCCGCGAUAAGCUGAAUGCCGGUCCCUCAUUCUCUGAAUUUGUCUCUGGUGAUAAAGAAGAGGCGCUCGACCCCUCCGAAGCAUAUGCCCUGAAAACAGCCAUGGUCGGCCCGGCUGGCCGCAAGAAGGAAAUGACUCGCCUGCCCUCGUGGCUCAAGACACCUAUCCCGGAUUCGAAAAACUACCAGCGUCUCAAGAAGGAUCUACGUGGAUUGAACCUGCACACCGUCUGUGAGGAGGCCCGUUGCCCCAAUAUCUCCGACUGCUGGGGCGGCGGCGACAAGGCUGCUGCUACCGCCACUAUCAUGCUCAUGGGCGACACCUGCACGCGUGGAUGCCGCUUCUGCAGUGUCAAGACUUCCCGUGCUCCGCCCCCGCUGGACAUUCACGAGCCCGAGAAUACCGCCGAGGCCAUUUCGCGCUGGGGUCUGGGAUACGUCGUUUUGACGAGUGUGGAUCGAGACGACCUGGCAGAUGGCGGAGCGCGCCACUUCGCCGAGACGGUUAUCAAGAUCAAGCAGAAAGCGCCCAACAUUCUGGUCGAGUGCUUGACAGGCGAUUAUCGCGGUGACUUGGAGAUGGCCAAGCUGGUCGCGCGCUCUGGUUUGGAUGUCUACGCUCACAACGUCGAGACCGUCGAGGCCCUCACCCCAUUCGUUCGCGAUCGUCGCGCCACUUUCCAGCAGUCUAUUCGGGUCCUCAAGGCUGCUAAGGAGGCCCGACCCGACCUCAUCACCAAGACUUCUCUUAUGCUCGGACUGGGCGAGACGGAUGAGCAGCUCUGGGACGCGCUCCGCCAGCUCCGUGCUGUUAACGUCGACGUCGUCACUUUCGGCCAGUACAUGCGUCCUACGAAGCGCCACAUGGCUGUCGAGGAAUACGUGACUCCCGACCGAUUCGAGGCCUGGCGCCAACGCGCCCUCGAUAUGGGCUUCUUGUACUGCGCCUCGGGCCCCUUGGUCCGUAGCAGCUACAAGGCCGGUGAAGCAUUCAUUGAGAACGUCUUGAAGAAGCGUCGUGCUGGUUCUGGUACUGCCGAGGGUACCGUCGAUCAGUCAACUGUGGCUACAGCGGACGCCACUCGCUAA